CGUUUACAAAUUGUCCGACGUUUGGUAAUGUAGACAAUUGGGCGUGUCUAAAAUAGUUCUAAUUAAUGCAGCACGUAGAUACAAUUUUUAGCGUAAGGAUGAAUUACCUUUGAGUGUUGAAGAAACUGUCAAAAUGGACCUUUUACUGUAUCUGUGUCUUGUUUUAGUGAGUUUGCAGGUUUCAGACGGAACACAUCGUCAAGGAAAACCUGAUUGGUUUGGACAUGCGCAACGGGAGCUCCAUGAAGCGCUUAUUCGUAAUUAUAACACCAACAAGGCCAAAAAUGUCAUCCUUUUUAUCGGGGACGGUAUGGGUAUGUCCACGGUUACAGCGGCGCGGAUUCUGAGGGGACAGUUAAAUGGCAGUCCCGGCGAAGAAAAUCUUCUGGAGUUUGAAAAGUUCCCCCAUGUUGGUCUAGCAAAGGUAUAUUCCAGCGACAGACAGACGCCAGAUUCAGCAGCCACUGCAACUGCGCUACUAUGUGGGGUCAAGACAAACUCUCAGCUGAUUGGAUUAGACGAUUCGGCAGUAGUCGGAAACUGCACUAGUCAAUUUGGCGCCGAAAUCAAUUGCAUGAAUGAUUGGUUUGAAGAACAAGGUAGAUCCAUGGGUAUUGUCACCAAUACAAAGUUAACACAUGCUACUCCUGCGGCUGGAUAUGCGCACGCAGCCAGUCGUGUUUGGGAAGGCGAUGUUCAUAUGCAAGGAGUUCCUGGUGGCUGCAAGGAUAUUGCUCACCAACUGGUCUACAACAACUCAAAUAUACAAGUGUUGUUCGGCGGAGGAAGACAAUAUUUUAUUAGAAACAGACAACAAGACCCCCAGUAUGGUGACGCAUUUAUUUCAUUUCAAAGACAAGACGAUCUGGAUCUCAUUGAGAUCUGGGGAAGAGACAAAAAGUGGAGAAGAUACACUCCUAAAUACGCCUGGAACAAGCAGCAGUUUGACGCCAUUGACCCAGACCAAACAGACUUCGCGUUAGGUUUAUUUAAUCCACAACAUAUGCAGUAUGAACUGGAGAGAGACAAGGGCCCAAAUGGUGAACCCUCACUGGCCGAAAUGACGGACAAAGCUAUCAAAAUACUACGUCAUAAUGACAGGGGUUUCUUUCUUAUGGUGGAAGGAGGGCGGAUAGAUCAUGGACACCACAAUAAUACAGCAAAAAGAGCUCUCUAUGAAACCUUGGCAUUUGAGGAUGCAGUGAAAACAGCAUUAAAAUUGACAAAUUCUAGUGAAACCCUUAUAGUUGUAACCGCUGACCAUUCUCAUGUAUUUAAUAUUGGAGGGCAUUCAUAUCGUGGAAAUGAUAUACUUGGUGUCGUAAACCCUAUCGCUCCUGAAGAGCUGCCCGUGGAUGGCAAUGCCUGGACAACACUAAGUUAUGGUAAUGGACCCGGGUAUGACUGGGGCUUCCGAAAAGACCCAAAUUCCAUUGAUACAACACACAAUGACUACAGACAAGUAAGUGCUGUUCCCUUGUUGUACGAGACACAUAGUGGUGAAGAUGUCCCAGUAUAUGCAAAUGGACCAAUGGCACACCUGUUUGAUGGCGUCCAUGAACAACACUUUCUUGCUCACGCCAUGGCAUAUGCAGCCUGUGUUGGCAUUAAUAAACAACACUGCAUACAACAUGCUCAAACCAAACCAGUUUUUACCCCAAUGACAUAAAUUUCAUGUCUGCAUAAAAAAAAUUAAAUCCUGGUGAUGUGUCCAUCCACUGCUGUUUUUAUAUUCAAGACUGUUGCAAAGAUUUUAUACCAUCUAUCUAAUAAUUAUGAUUAAUAAUUAUACAUCUGCAUUUUUCUGUUUGUACAAAAUCAUCCAAACACAAGUUAAGAAAUACUCUGA